CUAUAAGAAUUAUACAACUCGAAAUCCUAAUCUUUAAACAAUAAGAAAGAAAGGAUGUUACAGUAUUAUGGGUCAUUAUUGUCUGUUAUAAUCUCAUUCGUAGUAGUGAAACUUUGCCACUGGAUUUACCAGUGGUGGAAUCCAAAAUGUAAAGGCAAACUUCCUCCAGGGUCCAUGGGGUUUCCCAUCAUUGGAGAAACUUUCGAAUUUAUGACGCCUUCCGAUUUCAGUCUAGUGGUUUCUCCGUACCUGGAAAAGAGAAUAUCCAGAUAUGGUUCGAAAGUGUUUCGAACAAGUCUAUUUGGGGCCAAAGUUAUAAUAUCCACUGAUCCCGACGUGAAUAUGGAGAUGGCAAAGGCGAGUUCUCAAUUGGGUGCCACAGACAGCUUAAGACGGAUAUUUGGAGAAAACAAUGUGUUCCUCCAGAGUAAAGAGAUUCAUAAAUAUGUUCGAAACCUGACUUCUCGAUUCGUUGGUCCCGAGAGCUUAAAAACCAGAUUGAUCCAGGACAUUGACUUUUUGUCUCAAAACCAUGUCGAGGAGGGAGCACUAAGCGGCUCUUUCGAUAUUAGAGAAGCAGCAAUUAAGAUGGUUGGUGAACUUAUUGCAAAGAAAGUAAUGGGUGAAAUGGAAUCUGAGGCCGUAAAAGAACUCGGACUAUGUUGGAGUGCUUUCCGAACCAGUUGGUUUCAGUUUUCUUACAAUAUUCCCGGGACAACUGUUUAUCGAUUCGUGAAAGCACGGAGGAAGGCUGCAAGACUUCUAAAAGCCGUGAUUGAGAAGAAGAAGGCCUCAAAAGAAGGACUCGGCGAUUUCUUGGAUAUUAUAUUUGACGAGAUGGAGAAAGAUGGAGCGGCUUUGGACGUAGACAGAGCGGUCAAUUUGAUAUUCACUUUCUUCAUACUCUCCCAAGAGACAACUCCCGGAGUUUUAGCAGCGAUUGUGAAGCUUGUAGCAGACAACCCCAAUGUUAUGGAAGAACUACAGAGAGAGCACGAGACCAUUGUUCAAAACCGGGUUGAUAAGGAGGCUGGACUAACAUGGGAAGAAUACAAAUCCAUGACAUUCACUCACAUGGUUAUAAAAGAGUCGCUUCGAUUUACUAGUACACAACCUACAGUGCAUAGAAUACCAGCUCAAGACGUUCUAAUUGGAGGUUAUACAUUACCUGCUGGGUGGCUGUUUUUUGGAAUUCCUCAAGUUCAUUUCGAUGAAGAAAAGUACGGGGAUCCGCUCACCUUUAAUCCAUGGAGGUGGAAGGGAAAAGAUAUCCACAGCACGGUAUCUAGGGACUACAUGCCGUUUGGUGCUGGUGGGACACUUUGCGUAGGGUCUGAGUUUGCCAAGCUCAUAAUCGCAACUUUUCUCCAUCAUUUGUCCAGAUUCAGGUGGUCGUUGGACCCAAAAACAAGAGUGCUUCGGAGGUAUAUGCUUAUGUUCCCGGCUGGCUGCAAGGUCCACAUCUCCAAGGAUACAAGUAGUCAUCAAUAAAUUUGGGUCUCGCCUUAUGUUUCCUGUUUAAUAAUUGAUGCUUCUUGUACUAAUAACCUGGCAUUGCCUGUACUUCGUUUUUAUUUUGAUAGCCUGUAUGCUAUUUUUAAAAAUGUUUAGUAAUAUACUAUGUUGUAAAAUUUAAACGUUAA